GCAAGAAUCCAGAAUGCCAAGCAAUGCAUAGAGUGUGGCCUUUGAGUGAUGGUCUUUUUAAUAUUAAUGACAAGGUCUUGCUUGCAUUGGAGAUUUUGGUGGAAUGGAGAGAGCUGUUCAAGAGAGGAGUGCCAGUCAAAGUAUUUGUUGAAAGUACAAUCAGAUCAUGGUGCGCGACGACAUGUUCUAAUAAUCAGACAUUAUUUCUCUUUGAGGAUGUCAUUCCGUCAAGCGGUCAACAAAGGUACUUGGUGGAGCUACUGUACAAUGGGUUUUACUGUUUCGAGGCUAUCACAGAAAGAUCAUUAGAUGACGUUAUCUGUGGUGUCUGUGGAGUUGCAGGAGAGGUAUAUUGCGGCGAUGGAAAUGAAAAGAACUGCUGUGAUCUGAGUUGUGUUAACUUCAAUAAUUCCUCCUCAAAUAAUGAGUGUGAGCCUGUUUCUUUGGAAGACUUCCUGAUGAGAAUAAAAAAAUACUGGGUGGAGAAAACCACAUACACAAAAACAGAAUUAGAUGAUGGUAAGGUCGAUGCCGCAACAGUACCUCCUAUCAUUGCUCCAUCCGCUAGAGCAGAGAAAGUGUAUAACACGGAGAUGCAGAAGAGGAGUGUGUAUUUGAAGCCAAGAAAAGAAAUAAACGGUGACCCUGGAGUUUUACAUGCACUGAUGAAGUCGAAGAAUCUUGACAUGAACGAUAUCGAUUCAUGGAAUGCUGAUUCUCUCCGUGCCGUAUGUCAGGCUUCUGGCAUAAAUGUUGCUGGCAUGUCAAACGGUCUAAUGGUUGCUGAGCUUCGAUCGUUGUAUGCAACAUUGUUGGUUGGCAUCUCUCCAUGUCACGAAUUCACAAAAGUUAUCGGACAUACUGGGGGAUUCUAUCAUUUUGUUUGCCGCCAUGGGACAACUGUUGGAUCAAAGUUCUUGAUGCUUCAAGAGUCUGUUCGGGAUGCAGCAGACAUAUAUCUUUCCCUGAAAUACCCACCGUCGCUUUUCGUGAAUGAUACACCAUGCACGUUUUCAAGGCAUCUUGAUAUUCGAGCGCCGAAUGUCACAAAAUAUCUUUGGGGAGAUAACGUUGGAUGUUUCGAACCACCAAGCUUAGACAAAUGUCCAUCCCAGGUUAGCGUACCUCACCUUGUACCGCUGGAAUUUCAAUCUAGUAGAAUGGGAUAUAAGGACGAGAAAGAGCUUCAAGAGUGGGAACACCCUGUGACUGGUCAUACACAUCGCUAUGUUGUAGGGGAUAGAUUUCACUCCUCAACAAAUCCCCACAAAUCGCCUCUAUGCAGAUUUCAUGACUUGAAUUUAUGUGAACAGAAGAAUGCCAUUAAAACGAGUUAUCAGGAGAGCGAAAACAAUAGAAAAAAUUUUUUACGCCUUAGAAGCUCCACGAUGCAAAAAUUUUUGGUUCAUUUUCAUUACAAUUACCUAAUGGACUACUACCACAACGAGAAGAUUGUGGAAGAUCUAACCACCAAGAUGCUCGGUCGUGUAAGAGAAGAUGAAAAAUUAGUCAGAGGCCCAUACCAUAAACUUGUUGUUGAAGAAAAAUAAGGUGCGCCGCAUAUUAUGUAAUGUAUAGCGUUUUAACGUUUCUGCCAAAGGUUAUAUGUCAGAGAGGAGCACACAAUAUGAACAAGUGGCAGUUUCAUACAUCUUAAAACUGCCAAUUCUCUAUUUCCGCUGUUUGGAUCUCUUUCCCUUUAUUUGUUCAGUACAUUUUUCGCUGCAGAACCACUUCUGUCUUUUUGGCGGAAUCUUCUCUAAAUUCGUACAUUUCCUGAAAUAUAAAUAAAGAUUAUUAUAAGUAAUAGCAUGGCAUUACGGAAGGUCGAUAAGUGAUUAAAUGUAACACAAAAGCCGAGAGAGCCUGAAAUAUAAAUAAAGAUUAUUAUAAGCUAAUUACUAUGGUACCUGUCAACACAGAAUAAACAUAUAGGGAGUUAG